UGGAGGCCCCGUAUAUUAGCGGAAGCCGGCGCGCGUGUGAGGUGUUCGUGCCGGUAAUGGUUAGGUGAAGCACUGAGGAGGUCGUGGGACGCUGAGGGACGAGGUUGUGGGGUUGGACUCAGGCUACGUUAGGUACUGGCAGGCUUACAGCAAGGCACCGCUUCGUAUCAGCAGAAUUGGACCAAGUCUAUAAGCGUCUGCUGGAGAAAGGCUUCAUACCGGCUGAACGACCAAGGCGUCCUAACUGGACUGUCGCAAUGACGUCAGGACAAGGACAGUGGCCAGCGGAUGUCGGCAUCACUGCCAUUGAAAUAUAUUUCCCGUCCCAGUAUGUCGACCAGGAAGAGCUGGAGUCAUUUGAUGGCGCGUCCGCCGGUAAAUACACCAUCGGUCUGGGCCAGAAGCGCAUGGGCUUCUGCUCCGAUCUGGAGGACAUCAACUCGCUGUGCAUGACAGUGGUCCACAAACUCAUGGAGAAAACUGGCACUGCGUACGAGGCGAUCGGCCGGCUGGAGGUGGGCACGGAGACGCUCGUGGACAAGUCCAAGUCGGUGAAGUCCGUGCUGAUGCAGCUGUUCCCGGCCAGCGCCGCCGCCGACAUCGAGGGCGUCGACACGACCAACGCCUGCUACGGCGGCACGGCGGCGCUCUUCAACGCGCUCAACUGGGUGGAGUCGUCGGCCUGGGACGGCCGGCUGGCGCUGGUGGUGUGCGGCGACAUCGCCGUCUACGCCACGGGCAGCGCGCGGCCCACCGGCGGCGCCGGCGCCGUCGCCAUGCUGGUCGGACCGCACGCGCCGCUGGUGGUCGAGCGGGGUCUGCGCUCCAGCCACAUGCAGCACGCAUACGACUUCUACAAGCCGGACCUGAACUCCGAGUACCCGGUGGUGGACGGCCGGCUCAGCAUCCAGUGCUACCUGAGCGCGCUGGACCGGUGCUACGGACGCUACCGCCAGAAGGCAGCGGCCCUCCCAGGCGGCGGUCCAGUGACGGUCGACUCCUUCGACGCCGUUCUCUUCCACUCGCCGUUCGGCAAGCUGGUGCAGAAGUCGCUGGCCAGACUGGUCUUCAAUGACUUCCUCGAGACGGACGCCGCCGCCGUGCCCGAGCGGUUCCCCGGACUGGAAGGCGUUCAGGUUAGUGAACCGCACAAGACGCUGGAGGAGAGCUACUUCGACCGCGACGUGGAGAAGGCUUUCAUGGAGCGAAGCCGGGCGCAGUUCGAGCAGAAGACAAAGCCGUCGCUGCUGCUGGCCUCCAACGUGGGCAACAUGUACACGCCCUCGCUGUACAGCUGUCUCGUCUCGCUGCUGGUCAGCAAAAAGCCCGACGAGCUGACGGGGAGUCGGAUAGCGCUCUUCUCGUACGGAUCUGGACUGGCGUCGUCACUGUUUUCGAUCCGGAUUGCCACCACCAAUGGAUCCGGAUCUCGCCUGGAGGCAUUGCUGGCGGGCGUCAGUGACGUGGUUGGCCGCCUGGAGGCGCGUCAGAAGGUGGAGCCGGCCGCAUUCGCCGACACGAUGCAGCUCCGCGAGCAGUCGCACCACCUGGCUCCCUACGCGCCCAAGGCCGACCCAAGCAUGCUCUUCCCGGGCACCUACUACCUGACCGGCAUCGACGAGAAGCACCGCCGCCAAUACGCCCGCGCCACGUGAUGACGUCACAUGCUGGCGCCGUGCGACGGCGGUGACGUGCCGGCACGGCGCCGCACGUGCGCCGCCGGCGCCAGGGGUGCUCGUUACUGGUGGUGGUGCCGUGGCCGCGAGGUAGCGCCAUAAGCUCCCGGCUGGCACGCGUCAACCUGGCGCCUGCAGGCUGGCGCUGUCCGGUGCAGGUGGCGCCACCGGUGCCCGUGGCAGGUGAUGUCAGGACGUGCGAAUCAAACAGGAACACGCCAAUUCAGUUUUCGAGUCAGCUUUUA